AUGGAGCAGGUGCCCAGGGAGGCUGCGAAUGCUGUAACAGUUCUUGGACUGACGGACCCCAGGCUCUGCUACAUACUGGAUGGAUUCCUCUUCAUUUACGCAGUCAUCGUGACGGCCCUUUUUGUGAAAGCUAAGCUUACCCAGGCUCAGGAACCACAGCAGCUGCCCGGCCAGGAUGAUGUGUACAAUAAACUGUCUCGUGGGCACAGAGAUGAAUAUGAUGUUCUGGGAGCAAAGCGAGGUGCAGACCCUGAGAUGGGCGGGAGACAUGAGCAGAGAAGAAAGAACCCCCAGGACACCCUCUACAGUGCACUGCAGAAGGACAAGAUGGGCGAGGCAUACAGUGAAAUUGGAAAGAAAGGAGACCAUCAGAGACGGCGAGGGAAAGGGAACGAUGCUGUUUACCAGGGGCUCAGUACAGCGACCAAGGACACCUAUGAUGCUCUCCAAAUGCAGCCUUUGCCGCCCCGCUAAGCAGGGGUCACAGAGGGGAUGGGCAAGAGUGAGAGAUGCCCAUAUGCUCUGGGGGAGGAGAUGAGUGAAGGCCUUUUUCAUCCAAAACAAGCACCAUGUAUUUUCCUAGUGCAGCAAUCUACUUUGGCUGGUGCACAGAGGGAGUAUGUCUGGACUUGGUCAGUUCCUUCUCCCUUCCCUCUUGAAUCAUGCAACUGCAAGCUUUAGCUAUUAAAAUGUACAUAUCUGUAAAGUUUUUUUCCAAUAAUAGU